GCUGCCGUGGCGCAGAGGCCAAAGAUUCGCGCAUCGACGAUUGCCGACUGGACAAAGCAUGCAUCGUGUCCCAUCUCGACCAUGCUCGGCAAUGGGACGGUGCUCGCCGGCGCGGGUGUCGAGGUGUCACAGCUGGAAAAGUCACACAGUAGCGUGACCGGAUGAGCGACAGUCGACGGUCUCAGGCUCAUGGCGCAGCACAGACGCUAAUGUGACGACGUCUUGCGCUCGCCGCCAAGAAGGCCAGCCGGGAGUGUUGAAGUGCCGGCCGCCGGCGGAGACGUUGCAGCUGACGCUAACCUCAGCGCGUCCGGCGUCCUACCUGCCAUUCGCACCUGCUUCAACCGAUGGCGCCUGGCGUGGUCAUGAUGCGCCAGCGAGAGCGCGUUCAUACCAUGUUGAUACAAAGGCGAUCAUCCGUCAUGCACGUGCGCGGCCAUCAUUGCGGCGCUGGGGUUUCGCUCUGAAUUGAUAAUCCGGUUACUGUCCGGAUACCAUUCGUGUUCUGUGGUCAUAUUCCAAAUGAGCGCCCACGUAGACGAUCUCCUCUUCGACGACGACGACGACGAUGACAUGGGUGGUGUCGAGGCCAUGCAGGGCUUUGUCCACCCGCCGGCGACGCUUCUUCAGCCGCCUGCGUCCAUCGUCCAGCCACCCGCGUCGCUCGUGCAGCCACCAGCCUCGCUCGUGCAGCCACCAGCCUCGCUCGUGCCGCCGCCGGCCUCGCUCGUGCAACCACCUGCGUCGCUCGUGCAGCCUCCUCCGUCGCUGAUCCAGCCACCGGCGUCGAUCGGCAUUACGGCGCCGCCGAUCGCAGCCACGCCCAUCGCGUACCAGCCGUCGCCACCAACACAGGCGCUUCCGGACGACAAGCUGCGCAAGCUCUUCCAAAUCAUUCAGACGCGUAUCAAGGACAAGUACGUCCCUAUCUACAACGAAGUCAAGGCGCAAGGCACGCCGUUGAAGUCGGACAUGACGGCGAUCCUCGAAGUCGUCAAGAAGCACAUUGGCGAGCCAAUGCUCAUGUCACUCAUGCAAGAAAUCGGCGGCUUCCCCAUGAACCGCGUCGUCGGUGGUUUUGGCGACGUGCUCAAGACGGAGCCCGCGCGGUUUGCGUCACCGCCGCUCCAGCCCGCGCCGACCGUGCGCACGCCGCCGGCCGAGCCCGCGCGUCCGUCCGCAAACGAGUCGGAGAAGAUUCGCUUUGCGCGUCACUUGCUCAGCCAUGCGUCGACGUGUCUCGUGACGACGGGCAUGUGCCAAAUCAAAAAGUGCGAUGAUAUCAAGCGCUUUUUCAAGCACAGCACUGCGUGCAAGCUCGGGCGCGACUGUUCCCACUGCGAGCAACUGCGCACACUGGUCAAGCUCCACGCAGAAGACUGCUCGGUGGUGACGCAAGGCCACUGCCCGAUUCCGUUCUGCAAUGACAUUCGCAGAGCCGCCGCCAACCGCGGUGGGCCCAAGACCCCAGUCAAGCCCACGUCGCCGCCCAAGACCAUCACCAAGCUGCAGCAGCGCCAGGCCGCCGACGAAGACGACGCGCCGUCCAAGAACCAGCCGGCGAAAGCGAGUCCGCCGCCACCGAAAAUGGCGCCGCAAGCCGCCGAGUACGGUCGGAUCCUGCAGCUCAUUUUGCACUGCAAAAACUGCUUGGUGCCCAAGUGCCCAUACAAUGGCUGCAUCGAAGCGAAGAGCCACAUGCUCGAGAUGCGGAACCCGGAAACGAAUGUGCCCCGGGCGCAAACGUUCCGCCAAGUGUACAAGCACUACGAAGCGUGCAAGAACGACGCGUGCCCCGUGUGUACCAUGGGUCGCCAGCAGCUCGCAAUGGACGCUGCGCCGUCGACGCCCGCGGGCAAGAUCACACCGCGCAGCACGCCGACGCUCCACGUACCGACCGCGAGCUCGCCGCGGUCGCCAAACCACGGCAUCGCCAAGAAGAAAACCCCGAAGAACCCGACGACGAUUGCGCGGCCGGACCCGACCAAGUCGAUGUAUGGCAUGCCGUCGGCCAUCGACACGUCGUCGUCAUCGAUUGCUAUGCACAGUGGCACCGAGUACGAGGACCUCGUGCCGACAAACGCGAACGAUCUGCGGCGUGAGGCCGACGUCCUGACCCACACCAACAUUGAUCCGACGCAGGAGAAGCGCAUUAUGCUGGCGGGCGUCCCGAAGGCCAACUUGCUCGCGUCCAAGAAGGAAACGUGGAUGUACAGCGACGUGUUCCAGUCGCACGUGCUCCAGCAGACAAUGCAGAAGGCGCUUUUGCAAGCCGGUGUGCACGCAACGGACGAAGCGAGCGACAUGAUGGGUCUCGCGUUGCACGAGUACCUCAAGCAGAUUCUCGAGGAGAUGGUCCACGUGUCCAAGCAGCGCUGUGAUAGCCACGCCCUUUUGCUGCCGUCGACCAACGGCGCCGCGACCUUGACGGCCGUGGACAUCCUCAAGGCGAGCACGGACGAUUCGUUUGCAAAGUUGCGCGAUCUCGACUUGGGCUUGCGCGCCGAGCUGCUCGAAGAGGCCAAGAAGGAGGAGUCGACCGAGAAGGACAAGGGCGGGAAGCGCCGGAAGGCCAAGGUGGCCAAGACCAGCGCAACGUCGGCGCCGAACCGCAGCGUCUUGGACGGCAAGGACGAGGAGGACAUGGAUGUCGAAGAACUCGCGCGGAAAGACCUCAAGGCCAAGCUCGUCUUAGAAGGCGCGGUGAUUGAUGGCCGUGUGAAUGCGUCGAUCUCGGUGCGCCGCCCCAAGCCGGUCGAGAACCAAAUUACGAUGGAGGACGCCGAGUACUGGCUGCGGUCGCAAAAGCCGUACGUCGACGCCAAGCUCUUUUGCCGGGCUCAAGCCGCGCGCAUCCAGACCAAGUCGCUGCAAUAAGCACUGAGAUCCUCUGCGCGAAGAUCGCCAGCAGUCAUUCUUCUAGGGGUAGGGUGCGCUGCCGGAUUCGACCCGGUAUACAAACUCUCAUACAACCCGAUCAGACGGCAGGUUUAUUUUUGGGUUGUUACACUUUUUAUUCCGACUGUUUUUUUUCGAUACAAACAACAAGAUACAAUAAAAUCCGAAUAAAAUACCAGGGGUCGGGGACCCGGCCACCUUUUCACGCGG